AUGCGUGUGUCCAACCUCGAUACCAAGCUGGAGAAGAUCAAGCUGAUUCGCGACGCCAUCGAGAUUGUGCACACCGAUGGCUACGUCAGCUUCCUCGAGCACUUUAUCCCCGAGCUAGUCCGGACGCUCCGUGACGUGACAACGCCGCAGCUGGAGUCGAACACGGUGCACUCGAUCCGCAACGUCAUCUUGCAGAUCAUUGUCCGGCUGCCGAGCAACGCAUGUCUCGAGCAAUACGUCAACAACAUCAUGCAGCUCGCCAUGGAAAUCAUCCGGACCGACAACGAGGUCAAUGCCCUCGUCUGCCUCCGCAUCAUCUCGGCGCUGUUCAAGAAGUUCCACGAGCCGCUCAGCCGUUACGUCAGCGACUUUCUGCAGACCGUCCUUACCAUCUACCAGAAGCUGCCACACACGCUCCUCCGCCUCACCGCCGAGCCUGACGACGAGUCGGAGCUCCUCGCCCCGGGCCCGUCCGCCAUGCUCCAUCCUGGAUCGGAGACUUCAGACAUGGCCCUCGACGGCAUGCCAGGUGCCACCGACGACGACUCUUCGGCCCCGGUCAAGAAGUACGCACUUGCCCUCGAGUCGUUCAAGGUUCUCAUCGAGUGCCCCAUCAUCGUCGUCCUCCUCUUCCAGCUCUACAAGGAAGCCUCAGUCCCGCAGUCGUCUAUCCCGCGCUUUGUGCCCGUCAUUGUCUCCACUCUCGAGCUCGUCGCCCCCGACAACGCUCAUGCCACCCAGCGCGAGGCCUACACCGACUUUAUCGCCGCACAGGUCAAGACCCUCUCGUUCCUCGCCUACAUCCUUCGGGGCUUUGAACAGGCUCUCAACAACUACAUGGACUCCAUCCCGACCUUUGUCAUUCGCCUCCUCAAAAAGUGCCCGCCAGAGUCGGCCGUCAUCCGCAAGGAGCUCCUCAUCGCUACCCGCCACAUCUUGGCCACCUCCUUCCGUUCCGGCUUUGUCUCCAAGAUCAACACCCUCCUCGACGAGACCACUCUCAUUGGCACCUGCCGCACCUCUUACGAUACCCUUCGCCCGCUUGCGCACUCGACCUUGGCAGACCUGGUCCACCACGUCCGCGACCAGCUCUCACUCGAGCAGCUGACCCGGACCGUCUCGCUCUACUCCAAGAACGUUCAUGACGCGGCUCUCCCGACCACCAUCCAGACCAUGUCCUGCAAGCUCCUCCUCAACCUCGUCGAGUGCAUCGCCAAGCACAACGAUGCCGCCAACCGUGGUCGCACCCUCCUUGUCCGUGUCCUCGACACCUUUACCAACAAGUUUGGCGCCCUCAAGCUCUACAUCCCGCGCCUUGUCGAGGCCUACCGCAUGUCCACCCGCGAGAAGCUCCGCCGCAAGGAGCAGCAGGCUCGCCAGAUCGCCGCCGAGACCGCCAACGCUGCCGCCAAGGACGCCGCCACCACCGCUGCCGUCUCUCCGUCCUCGCUGCCGCCGCCGGACUCUACUGAUGCCGACGCCAAGGCCGAUGCCAAGGCCGACACCAAGGCCGACACCAAGGCUGGCGCCAAAGCCGACGCCAAGGCCGACGCCAAGGCCGACGCCAAGGCCGACGCCAAAGUCGACGCUGACGCCAAGACUGACGCCAAGGCCGACGCCAAGACCGGUGUCGCCACCACAUUGGCAUCGCCCUUGUCGCCACAGCCCAACGCCCGGACUCCGCUCGGCGUCCUUCCCAUCGCGCCCCCCAUCGCUACCACUGUCUCCAACUUUGGCACUGCCGACUCGGUCAAGGAUUGGCGGAUUCAGGUCCGGACACUCGCCCACGGGCUCAAGACCAUUGUCUGGGGCAUCGCCUCCUGCCGCCAGACGCCGGCCACGCCGGUCGGCGCCCACCCAUCCGGGUACGGCAGCUCCGGCGGCUCCGGCGGCUCCAACGUCAUGUCCGAGCAAGAGUCGCAGAUAUUCAUCUCGCUUCUGGUCGACGGCCUCAAGUGCUUUGAACUCUACUCGGUCAGCAUUCCGCAGUCGGAGACGACCGAGGAGAAAGAGAUCCUCGACUGCUUUGCCGGUGUCUUUACCCUCGUUGACCCGCGGACGUUCAAGGUUGUUUUUGAGUCGCACAUCGAGCUCCUUGUCGACCACAUCCUCCGCAACAACUCGAUGCUCACCAUCGCCCGCCACUUUCUGGCCAACCCGCAGGUCUCCAAGUACUUUGCCGACAUUCUCCUCGCCUUUCUGGUCAAGCACAUUCAUCUCAUCGGCUCGCCCGACAAAAAGGUGUCGACCGUCAUGCUCCGUCUCUUCAAGCUUGUCUUUGCCUCGGUCGAGUUGUUCAAGGCCAACGAGCACGCCCUCCAGCCACACCUCAAGACCAUUGUCGAAGAGUCGAUGCGGCGCGCGACCCAGACGCGGACGCCGUCGCAGACCUACUUUCUCCUCCUUCGCGCUCUCUUCCGCUCCAUUGGCGGCGGCGAGUUCGACCACCUCUACCGCGAGUUCCUGCCCCUUCUCCCGCUCCUUCUCGAGGGCCUCAACCGACUGCAGCAGUCCAAGCACAAGCACACCAUGCGCGAGCUCUUUGUCGAGCUCUGCCUAACCGUCCCGGUCCGCCUCUCCGCCCUCCUCCCGUACCUGCGCUACCUCAUGAAGCCGCUUGUCAUCGCUCUCCAGUCGGGCACCGACCUUGUCUCGCAAGGCCUCCGAACCCUCGAGCUCUGCGUCGAGAACCUCACCCCCGAGUUCCUCGACCCCAUCAUCGAGCCCGUCCGCGUCGACCUCAUGACCGCGCUGUGGAAGCACCUCCGCCCGCCGCCCUACGCCCACGGUGUCCACGCAAUGCGCAUUCUCGGCAAGCUCGGCGGCCGCAACCGCCAACCCGAGGACGGCCUCCGCAUGGUUCUCUCUUUUGCCGGCCUCCCACCGUUUGAGCUCCGCCUCGACUGGGUCGUCGACAUGGCCAAGGCCGCCCUCCUCUCCUCCCAGGACGCGUACUACCGUCGCCAGGCCUUUGCCAUGAUCCGCCUCGCCCUCAUCUCCAUGAUGAAGCUCGACUUUUCGCCGGACGACUACCAAUGGACUCUGUGGGCCGGCCCGCUCGACGCCUCGCCGUCGUCGGCAUCGCAGGCUCACGCCUUUGAAGCCGCCACCUCGUCGGCUCUCCCCACAGGCGUCGCUUUUACCUUUGACGGCCGCCCGCUCGACGAGCUCGAGCCUGAGGAGCUCAACUCACUGCUCAACCUUGAGUUUGAGGCCACCGCCGCCGCCGCCGCCUCCAUGGCCGCCUCGUUUGCCUAUGCUGACGGCUCGUUGCAGCACGCUGACGCCGCUCCAGCCAAGGCGGGAAAGAAGAAGACCCAGAACCACCACAUCGCCGAGUCGCGGACGUUCAAGAUCCUGCUCAUCUGUGCGUUUGUGGCCACCACCGAUCGUGACCUCGAGGCCGACGCCAAGGCCUUUGCUGCCGAUGUCACCCGUCACCUCACCCUCCUCGCUCUCGCGCGCUCGCCGGCACCGCUCGUCGACUCUCCGCACGUCACUGACCUCACCUCACUCGACGUUUCGGUCUUUGUCGACGCUGUUGUGGCUCUCCUCACCGCCGAGAACAGGACAUGGAUCCGCCCGCCCAUCGAGUAUCUCUCGCUAAUGGUGAGCAUGAUGACCACCAUGGCUGGCGGCUCGCUCGCCGUCGUCUCCAUGCACCCCAUGUUUGACACACUCGCCUCGCGCUUCAUCCACUGCUGCUACCACCACAACUGGUACCGCAAGGCUGGUGGCUGCGAGGGCAUUCGCUUCCUCGUCCACACCAUGCCGGUCGCUUGGGUUCUUGCCCGCGAGACUGCCUUUGUUAAGGCCCUCCUCUUCAUCCUCGCCACCCUCACCCUCGACCUCUCGGCCGACACUGUUGAGGACUCGAUCGAGCUCCUGAGCUUCCUUCUCAACAAGUGCCACGGCGCCCCGCUGCCUCGCCCCACUGCGGCGUCGCCGGCUUCUGCUCCUGCCGCGACGCCCGGCCCCUCUGUCGGCUCCGACACGGCCGUACCCAUGGACGAAGAAAAGGCUCCCGAGGAGCCCGGAGCUCCCAACUCGUCCAAGCCCGCGGACACUGAGGCCGCGCGCUCGGGCGACACUGAUCCGGUCACCAUCGAUCUCGACGAGGAGGCUGUCACCGCCACAGGCAACGAGCUUGUCGCCAUCCUCGCCCAUGAGCUCGCCUCGCCGUACCUCCCAGUCCGCGAAGAAGCAGCCAAGCUCCUCGGCGCGCUUGCCACCGGCUGGUCGACCACCCCUGCGCAACUCCUUGCGCCGCUCAUGCCACAGCUGCGCAUCACCUCCUCGUUUACGCUGGCUGCUCUGCCGUUUGACGACCAAGUCGGCAUGCUCGCCGCCUUCCGCUACUGCCUUGUUAAUGCUCCCGAGGAGCUGAAGGCCAACGCCUCGUUUGUCUCCAUGCUGGAUCAGGUUCUCGAGCUGGCCGAGCUUGACGAGGCCGGCUUUAUCUCGCAAGCCGUGUACCGGACCCAAAAGAAGAAGUUGCCUUCACUUCGCAAGGCCUGUCUCGAGCUCCUCGCCACCGCCGUCACCCUGGACGACCUUGAUACGGAGAGUUUCCGCACCGCCCGCGACCGCAUUGUUGCCGUCUUUCUCAAGGCACUCACCAUGGGCUCGUCGGCCAUCGUGCCUAUUGUACGCAACGGCCUCAAGGAUGCCGUCGCCGUCCGCGAGCCGGCCAAGGCGCUGCUUCACGACUCGCUCAAGCCCAUUCUCAUGCACCUUCGCUCGCACGAGGAGAUCACUGUCGCCAUCAUGCAGCGCCUCGGUCGCCUGCUCGAGGUCAUAGCCUCAGCCUUCCACCACAAGCUCGGCCGCCGCCUCCUUGAGCACGCCCGCCAGCUCAUCUCGGACGAGGAGGCCAAGCCGAACUCGUACCACAUCGCCGCCUCCAUCCUUGACGUCUUCCAUCUUCUCCCGCAGGACGCCAAGCUCUCACCCGGCGAAGAGUUCUCUGACCGCAUCGUCGCGCUCACCAUCCAGCUUCAGUCGGUCGUGCCCCUCGAGCAGACGCUCGACGAGUACCGUCGCCCGCUCGCAAAGUACGCCAAUCGCUACCCGACCCGCAUCUUGCAGCUCUUCCUCGACCACAUCACAGAGGCUCCCUUCUCCACCCUCUUCCUCCACAUCCUCAACUCGCCGCUCACGCCGAAACUCCGCACCGCCAUGACUGAGAUGCCGCAGCGCCUCGCCGAGCUCCUCCGCACCUCAGCUUCGCACCAUACCAACGCCCAAGUUGCUGCCGAAACAAGGUUCCAGGCUGUCUGCAUCGUCCACGCCCUCGCCAUGGACAACCCGUCCUGGCUUCCGUCGACGCCGCUUGUUGUCGAGGCUCUUGUCACUGCCUGGCGCGCCCUCAACGAGGGCAUGGACGCCGGCUCUGGUCCACACGCGGCCCUGGAGGAGACCAUCCCUAUCACCCACAUGCAUCAGGCCCGCUACAUCAUCGAGUGCUUCAUUCAGUUCUGCUCCCACGGCGUCAAGGUGCCAGAGCCCCACCGCCCGGCCUCACACUCGCUUUUGAUGCUCAAGUCGAGCCGCGAUGCCAACAAGGGCGCCAUGUCUGAGCCUUAUGUCGCCGCUCAGUCGCCGCCGCCAGCAACAACGCCCGCCGCAGUUGAUGAGGGCUCCAUGUUCGGGCCGGGCCUCUCGCCGACCGACGACCACCUCCGCGUCCAAGUCCUCUUUGCCAUGCUCACCAUCUUCACCUCGCGGACGGUCAUGGACUACUCGUUCCUCAAGGACUUUCUUCUCACCACCGUUGCGCGCCACUACCCGCUGGCGGCCAAGCGUGCGCUCCUCACCACCUUCCUGGACGACUUCUCCAAGUCGUCCGUCGCCGACGCUCGCAAGGUGGUCAUGCUUGAGCACCUCAUCAUCCCCAUGCUCACCAUCUCGUUUGAGACCGGACAGGCCAACUUGCUCGACGCCGACAUCAUGGAUUCGGUCAUCAAGAUCUUUGCCCAGCCGCAGCCAGCACAUGCCGCCUCGGACGAGCUCUGCAUUCAGAUGCUGCAGCUUGCCACGCUCCUUGUCAUCAACUGCUCUUCGCUUGUCGUCAACAACCGCCGCAACGUCAUUCGCUUUGCAUGGUCACACCUCCGCUCUGUCGACUUUACCGCCCGCUUCUGCGGCUAUGUCCUCGUCUGUCGCUUCAUCGAGCAGUACGAUACACCCACUAAGGUCAUUCUACAGGUCUACGUCUCGCUGCUCAAGGCCCACCAGCCCGAGGCCCGCCUGCUCGUUAAGCAGGCGUUAGACAUCCUCACCCCUGCCCUUCCGCAUCGCCUCCCGGCCGGUGACCACCGCUAUCCACCGUGGGUCAAGUGGACCAAGAAGAUUGUGGUCGAGGAAGGCCACGACACCUUCCAGCUCAUCCACAUCUGGUUCCUUGUCGUCCGCCACGCUGACAUCUUUUACGCGACCCGCGCCCAGUUUGUCCCGCAAAUGGUCAACUCGCUCACCCGCAUCGGCAUCCCCAAGUCGGCGAGCUUUGACCAGCGCAAGCUCGCCGUCUCGCUCGCCGAGAUCAUUGUCGAGUGGGAGCACCGCGCAGCUCGUGAGCUCGAAGAGGCCGAGACCGCCGCUGCCGCCGCUGCUGAGGCCGCCGCCGCCGCUGCCGCACUCGCGGCUGGCAAAGCACCGCCGUCAUCUUCCACAGCUUCUGCGACCGCCCUUGGCAAGCGUAAGCGGUCGCCGUCACCGGCGGACGCUGUCGCUGCUGCUGCUGCACCCGGCCCAUCGCGCGCCGCCUCCAAGCGGGCCAAGUCGACUCGCUCCAAGGACGUUUCGGACGGCACGGCUGGCGGCGACGACGACAAGACCGAGGGUCUCUCGCUGCAUGAGCUGGCAGUCCGCGCCGCGGCCAAGGCAGACGCAGCGCAGGUCGUGGUCGACGCCGCCAAGGCUGCGUCGAACCCCAAGCAGCAGGCGGCCAUUACGAGCAUGGUAGUCAACGCGCUCAUCCGCCUCGCCUGCCUCUGCGUUGGCCACAACGAGGCCAACCUCAUGUCGCUGGCCCACCGCUGCGUCAUCCUCCUCCGCCGCGCGCUCUGCAUCUGGCCCAAGGCCGAGAUCAAGUGGUCGUUCUUCAACAAGCUCUUCAGCAACUCGCAACAGACCAACGCCCAGACUAUUCUCACCGCCAUGGAGAUCCUCAACAUUGUUGUCUCGCGGCAGAAGAAGUGGUACACCCCGCGGGCGCUGCACCAUCUCCUCAACGCUGUCCGCGACCUGUUCAAGCUCUCGGACCUGCGGACCAUCUCGCGGCUCUCGCUCUUCCUCAAGCACCUCCGCGAGCCGUUCCCACCGGUCUCGCCCGACCCGCACGUCCGCCAGUUCUACGACGAAAUCUACAAGUUUAUCAAGGCCGCCCAGAGUCGCAACGAUGUUUCGUUCCUCAUCGGCUCGGUCUUGGUGCUUGAGACCGUCGCCGCCGACCACUCGGAGGUUCUUGUCCCGUUCCUCACCUCGCUCAUGGACGUUAUGUCGCGCCUCCUCUCCGAGCACGUCCGCUACGUCCAGCAGAUGAUCGACCAGCAGUACCGUGGGCAGUCGGUUCAGCCGCGGACGAACGACCACCACUCGACUGUUGUUCAGGCUCUCAUCUCGACCAUCACCCUCAUCAACACCCGGAUCAACACCAUGGGCUCGGAGCAGCGGUAUACGUUCCUCAAGUUCCUCGUGGUCCUUAUCGAAAAGUCCAACGACAUCACCCUCCUCUCCAAGAUCACCGGCGUCGUGCGCGGCUGGAUCGACGACUCGGACUCGCUCUACCCGACGUCCAAGGAGAAGACGCUUGUCCUUGUGAAGAUGAUGUGCUUUGAGCACUUUCAGGCUGCCCCGCUCUACACCGACUUUCUCAACCUUGUCCACCACAUUUACUCCAACCCGGCGUUCCAGCGCACUGAGCUCACCGCCCAGCUUGAGCCAGCGUUUAUGAUGGGCCUCAAGUCGCACAAUCCGACCGUUCGCACCAAGUUCUUUGCCAUCUUUGACCGCUCCAUGUCGCGCACACUCGAGGGCCGCAUCUCGUACAUUCUCUCGGUCCAGUCGUGGGAGUCGCUCGGCAACGCGUUCUGGAUCAAGCAGGCGCUCGACGUCCUGCUCUCGGUCCUCGACCUUGACGCUCCGCUUGCUCUCUCAGACGACUCGGCCCUCCUCCCGUCGCUCCUCGAACACGCGCCCAUGCUUGCCGCGCACACUACCGCCCUCACCGAGGCUGCCGGCGGGAGUGCACCGGGCAAGGCGCGCGGCGGCCGCAAGGGCCGCAAGGCCGCUGCGCCGCAAGCGCCCACACUUGAGUCUGUCUCGCCGCCGUCGUGGAUCGGCGACUCGUCGCUGCCGUCGGCGGCUUUGCUGCCGACCCGUACUGACGGUGUCACCGAGCUCCUCGAUGCACAUGCGGCGGCGCUCGACAAGAUGCGCGCAGUCAAGCUGGCUGACUUUGUGGCGCCCAUCCGCGAGCUCUGCCAUCAGAACCCGAACAUGGCCUUCUACCUCUGGGUCCGCUUCUUCCCGGUUGUCUGGUCAGCGCUCGACAAGCCGCUGCAGGACCUCCUCGCCCAGCACAUUACCUACUUGCUCUCGCAGCCGUAUCACCAGAUGCAGCGCUCCUCGCAGCCAAACGUGAUCCAGGCCUUGCUUGAGGGCAUUUCGCGAGUCUCGCCGCCGAUCGACAUUCCGGUCGAGCUCGUCAAGUACCUCGGCAUCGAGUUCAACGCCUGGUUUACCGCCAUCUCCAUGUUUGAGGAAGCGGCAGUCGCCGACGGCUCGCAUGCGUUCUCCGCGCCUGCAGCCGAAAGCUCCGACUCGCCCGCGCCGAUGGACGUGGUUGAGGCUGGUAAGCCUGCGGCAACGGCCUUGCGCCCGGCCAAGCCGGUCGAGUCGGCCGAGGCUGCCAAGACCCGCGAGGCGAACCUCGAGGCGCUGGUUCAAGUCUACGAGGCGCUCAACGAGUCGGACGCGUGCUACGGCGUGUGGUCGCUGCGCGACGUCAAGCCCGAGACGCUUGCCGCCAUGUCGUAUGAGCAGCACGGGCUGUAUCAGCGAGCGCAGGACAUUUACUUUGCGACGAUGACCGCGGCGCAGUCUGCGGCGGCCCGCCAGCCGGUCUCGGCCGCCGAGCUGGCGGUGUGGGAGGAGCACUGGAUCCGGUGCUCACGACAGCUCAAUCAGUGGGACAUCAUCACCAAGUACGCGGCCGAGGCCGAACUCGCACCGCUCCUCCUCGAGGCAGCGUGGAAGUCUGGCGACUGGGCGCUGGAGAAGGAGCUUCUUGCGCAGACACAGGUCCGCCGCGAGACGCCGCAGCGCAAAAUCUACCAGAUCUACGUCGCCAUCUUUGAGUCUGCGCCGCAGGAUGUGGACAAGUACUGCAUCGAGCUGCAGCAGCUCUGCCUCCACCACUGGAUCUCACUGCCUGCCGUGGUCGGCGUCUCGCACAUUCCGCUGCUCCAGCAGUUCCAGCAAUUUGUGGAGCUGACUGAGUCUGCGCAGGUUCAUACCUCAAUCACACGGACGGACCAGCGGGCUUCAGUCCCGGAGCUCAAGUCGAUUCUCAACACUUGGCGUGAGCGGCUGCCGAACGAGUGGGACGACCUGUACGUGUGGAACGAGUUGACCCAGUGGCGGCACCACGUCUUUGCCGCCAUCAACGUCACGCUGCAGCAGUUUGUGGAGAGCAACCCUGCGCUGGCGUACAUGGGCUACCAUGAGACUGCGUGGACGAUUAACCGGUUUGCGCACGUCGCGCGCAAGCACCAGCUCCUCGACGUCUGCCUCAACUCGCUCUCCAAAAUCUACACCCUGCCCAACAUUGAGAUCCAGGAGGCCUUUGUCAAGCUCAAGGAGCAGGCCAAGUGCUACUUUGACCUGACCAAGGACUUGCGCGCCGGCCUCGGCAUCAUCAACAACACCAACCUGGACUACUUUGGCGAUACCCAAAAGGCCGAGUUUUUCGAGCUCAAGGGCGAGUUCCUCGCUGCCAUGGGCGAGCUGGAGGCCGCCAACUCGGCGUUUUCCACCGCGCUCUCGGUCUGCGACACGCUGGCCAAGGGCUGGGGCGCUUGGGGUGAGUUUUGUGAGAAGCUGCACGAGCUCUCGAUCCUUGCGGCGAGGGGGAGUAGCGGCUCGAACGACACGGCUGCGUUGGAUCGCCUCGCCGGGCCGAACGCGGUUGAGCCUGCGGCCGACGCCAUGUCGCCGCAAGCGCGGUCGAUGUCGUUUGCCACCCAGGCUGUGACUGCGUACGCCUUUGCAGCUGCCAACGCCGGCGACGCUGAAGGUCCCGGCUGGUCGCAGCGCUACCUGGCCCGGCUGGUGUGGCUCCUCGGCUUUGACGACGCCGAUGGCACGCUUGAUGCGGCCAUCACCAAGUACGCCGCCGCGGUGCCGACCUACGCCUGGAUCCCGUGGAUUCCGCAGCUGCUCGACGGGCUGGUCCUCGGCGUUGCCUCUCGAUCGGCCAAGGGACUGCUUGCAUGCAUCGGCCGCGAGUACCCGCAGGCGCUCUACUACGACCUGCAGAUGGCCAUCGCGCAGCUUGCGUCCGACGCGGGGAUGGAGUCACAGCUCGUGGCGCUCCGCGAGUCGCGGUCGGAACACCUUGUGGAGUUCCUGCACCGACAAGCCACGCUGCACUUUGCCAUUUCGGCGUGCCAGGUCCAAAACGAGAAGUACGCCAAGGCGACGCGCAAGCUCGCUGCUACCCAGAAAGCUGCCAUACAGACGGCGACCAAGGCACAGGCCGCCGCCGCCGCCAACGCGCCCGACGCCGCCGCGCUUACCGAGUCGGCCAAGCAAGCCGAAGUCCAGGCUGUUGCCGCCAAGAGCAACGCCGAGUCGGCCAGAAAGAACGUUGAGGACCGCAAGAAGCGUAAGGACGAGGCCGAGGCCAAGGCCAAGAUAGCACAGAACGCGGUCCUGGCCGACCUGCACUCGAUCCCGAGUGGCGCGCCGGCCGGCCUUGGAGUCCUGCUUGAGAUCGAGACUCGCAUGAUUUGCCAGCACCCGUUCCUUGUGGCCGACCUGUGGCUCCUCACCACCGAGCUCAAUCUCGCGUUUGGACCGUCCCUGCCGGAGCGCCUCUUUGCGACGUGCCACGCCCUGCUCGAGGACGUGUACGAGGCCGCGCUGCCGAGCGACACUGCUGUCGCCGGCGAGCUGGCGGCCAAGGCCGAGGCGCUGGUGGCGGGCACGUUUGGUGAGGCGGCUCCUCCGUCGCCGUUGCACUCUGCGGCCACCGACGCCACGUUUGCCACCCGCUACUCGGCGCGGUUCACGGCUGACGUGGCUUCCGCUGGCACCGUUGGCGAGCUCGAGGCUGUUCUCCGCAAGUGGCUGCCACUGUUGCAGGCACGGGUCGAGGCUCAUCCGCCGUCACAGGACCUUGUCCAGCUCUCGCCCAAGCUCGCGGCGUUUGAGAACCUCAUGGUCGAGGUGCCUGGCCAGUUUUACGAGGGCGGCGUCGAGCCGACGAACCACAUCUCGCUCGAGCGGAUCAACUCGGAGGUGACUGUCAUGCGGCGCAACUUUGCCACUGUUCGCCAGGUUGUCUUCCGCGGCGAGUCGGGCAAGCUGGUGCCGUUUGUCGUCACCGCGCACGACGCCAAGGUCGCCGCCGCCGAGAUGCGGCUCAUGCAGGCGCUCCGAGUCCUCAACAAGGUCCUCCGGUCGCGGAAGGAGACACGCAAGCGCGGCAACGCACUCCUGGUCACCUCGCUGCAAGAGGCACUGGUGCAUGCGGGCGCACGGUCGGGCCAGCCAAUCGAUGCCGGCAUCCGCGCCUUCCGCGACGCGCUCGGCGAGUCGGGCGACGACAUUGCAUCGCGUGUUGUUGCUUGGCGUGACGUCUCGCGCGACAUCGUGCCGCCGUCGGCGCUGGCGCGGCUCGUGGCCAAGUCGUUCCCGAACCCGGCGCACCUGUGGGCCUUCAAGAAGCACUUUGCGGUCCAUCUCGCUCUCACCUCGCUCGUCCGGCAUGCACUCGGCGCGAAGCCGCGCAAGGCCGCCGACGUGCUCUUCUCGCUCCAGUCGGGCGAAGUGGUGCCGACCGGCAUGUCGCCGCUGCCGCUCGACGCCGAAACGGGCGCGCUUGGCGCAACCUCCCCGGUUCCUUUCCGCCUCACGCCGAACCUCACCUCGUUCCUCGGCCCGAUCUGCCUCAACGGCGUCUACCGUACCGCUAUGCUCGCCGCCGCGCGGGUCCUCGUCGAGCCGGCUGUCAACGUCGGCGUCGUCAUGCGCCUCCUCUACCGCGAGGAGCUGCUGGCGCGUCUAGGCCACUUCCCGGUAGCGGGCGGCGAUGCUGACGACGCCAAGACCCACAAGGCCACCAAGUCGCGCCGCGGUGCCUCUGCCAAGGAGCUGACCGACGCCGCUGAGCCUUCAGCCGUCGUUGCCUCGCCGGACGCGCUCCGCGCUGCCAUCAAGACCAACGUCGAGACCUUUACCUCAAAGCUCACCUCCGUCGCUGCCACGCCCAAGGACAUGCCUGGCGACGCGCCCGUGGCCCUCGACUCCCAGGUCCAGGCGCUCAUCGACUCGGCAACGUCCGCCAGUAACCUGGCGUCGAUGCCGCCCUCGUGGCAGCCGUGGCUGUAG